GGAAGAGGAACUGAGUACGAGAGACGCUUCUAGAUCCGACAAGGAAGGCAGAUUGUAAGAAUGGAUACUGCAGGAAAAGUAAGAGCUCUGGUUAUAAAAUGCAGGGCAGCUGUUGCCUGGAGUGUAGGUCAACCUCUUACCAUUGAAGAAGUAGAGGUGCAACCACCAAAAGCCCAUGAAGUUCGGAUAAAGAUAGUGAGUUCAGGAAUAUGUCGGACAGAUGACCACGCAUUGCAUGGAGAUUUGAAAAAUAUAAAUUUUCCAGUUAUUCUUGGCCAUGAAGGAGCUGGAAUUGUUGAAAGCGUUGGCGAACAAGUGAUAGACCUAAAACCAGGUGACAAAGUAAUCCCACUAUGUAUUCCCCAGUGUGGAAAGUGCAGUUCUUGUCUGAGUCCACACACCAACUGCUGUCUAAAAACACACAUGAGUGAAGCCCAAAAUGUAAUGCCUGAUAAAACAACAAGGUUCUCAUGCAAGGGGAAAGCUGUGUAUCACUUUUUAUGGACAAGCACUUUUUCAGAAUAUACUGUAGUGCCUACUGAUGCUGUUGCAAAGAUUGAUGACAGAGCACCAUUAGAUAAAGCAUGUCUUUUUGGUUGCGGAUUUCCCACUGGAUAUGGAGCAGCUGUCAAUACGGCCAAGGUAGAGCCUGGUUCGACUUGUGCCAUAUUUGGUCUUGGAGCCAUCGGGCUGUCAACUAUAAUAGGCUGUAAAUUAUCUGGAGCUUCAAGAAUAAUAGCUAUAGAUAUAAACAGCAAUAAGUUUGAUAAGGCAAUGUUUUUUGGCGCUACUGAAUGCAUCAACCCUAAGGAUUACUGCAAGCCGAUAGAAGACGUGAUAAUUGAAAUGACAGGACAUGGAGUAAAUUAUUCUUUCGAGUGUAUUGGAAGUACUGAUGUCAUGAAAGCAGCCUUGGAGUGUACUCACAUGGGAUAUGGAACUAGUGUGAUUAUAGGUGGGGCACCUCCAAAUGCGCACAUCACCUUUGAUCCAUAUCUACUCGUCACAGGUCGUACAUGGAAAGGAAGUAUAUUUGGAGGCUGGAAAAGCAAAGACUUUGUUCCCAGAUUGGUUGCGGAUUACCUGGCAAAUAAAUUUAAUUUAGAUGGAUUAGUGAGCCAUACUUUACCAUUUGAAGACAUCAAUAAUGGAUUUCACCUUUUGCAAUCUGGGCAAAGCAUCCGUACAGUCCUGAUGCUUUAAACUGGAGGUCUUGCAUACAGUAUUUCUGGCGUUGUAGAAGAAAACGGGAUGUUCAAAAUGGUUCGCAGAUUUCAUAAAUCCAGAAUGUUAUUUUGAUUUUGUUAAUAUAAUAAACUUUAAGAAAUCACCAUGAUGAAA